UGGCGUCGUUUUGCCGAUCAAAAGAAUCAAAGAUUUUACAUUUCAAUUAAUUUAUUCUUACAUUUCCAAACUAUCGUGUUUCUAUUUCAAUAAUUAUCUUUUUAUCUAAUUAUUUUGUGAUUUUGUUUAGUGUAGUGUCGUAGAAAGUUGCCAAAGUCGCUGAACUGGCGAUAUGGCCUGUAAUGUUGUAUUGGUUUGAUAUCGGGACUCGUUGAGAGUUUACAUGAUUUCCUUGUGGGGGUAUCGUUUAGGAUGUUGCCGACAGUGGAGGAGAGCCGCGGGUACGAUUUCCAGGACCCGGAGAAUGCCGAAAAAUGGAAAGGUCUCUUCGUCAACGCACUUCGAAAGGUCCUGGAGCAGGUGCACCCGACACUAAGCGCCGAGCACAGCGCGCUGGAGUAUGUGGAGUCUCUCUGCCUGCGGCUACUGGCGAUGCUGUGCAGUGUGCCCACGCCGCUGACUGUGCAGGACGUUGAGGAACGCGUAGCCCGCUCGUUCCCGACUCCCUUAGACAAGUGGGCGCUUGCCGACGCGAGGGACGCGGCGCAGAAGCGGCGCCGCGCCAGCCUGCCCGCGGACAAGCUGCACCAGAUGCUGCAGAAGGAGGUGCUCAUGUACAAAAUCGACUACUCAGUAUCGGUGUUUAUGACAGCCGUGCUUGAAUACGUGAGCGCGGACAUUCUCAAGCUGGCCGGCAACUUCGUCAAGAAGAUAUCGCAGAAGUCCGGCUACCAGACCAUCACGUGCGGAGACGUUAAGACUGCUAUGUGCGCUGAUAAGGUGCUAAUGGACAUGUUCUACCAAGAAUCGUCCGCGCUCGCGGCGUGCGGCGCGCCUGGUUGCAGUGUCGCCGCCGCCGCGCCCACCGGCUCCACCAGACGCGGCUCGCUGACAUACGGGGAACUGGUCAGGGACUUGCUGACGGACGAGAAAAACUUUUUGAGAGAUCUCCAUUUGAUUAUACGGGUGUUCAAAGAUGAAUUGGAGAAGAUUCUGGAUCGAGACGCUAGGUCAAUCUCCCUGAUAUUCGGCAACAUAGUAGACAUAUACGAGCUGACGGUGACGCUGCUGGGCAACCUUGAAGACGCCAUAGAAAUGUCGCAGGACUCGCCCACGCCGUACAUCGGGUCCUGUUUUGAAGAAUUGGCAGAAGUGGAAGAAUUCCGAGCGUACGUCCGGUACGCUAACAUAGUCACGCGCAAGGAGUCCAGGGACGCUCUGCAGAAUAUUGUAGACGACCCCGCGUUAUCGGAGCGCCUAGACACCGCCGGCCAAGGCUUCAGAUUAGCAGUGAAAUACUACCUCCCAAAAUUGGUGCUAGCGCCGGUGGCCCACGUGUUAUUAUACCAUAAAUACGUGUUGGCGUUGCUACAAGUGGCGCCGCAUACGGACGAUAGAGAAAGCUUCAAGCAGGUGGAAUGCAACUUACAUCCAAUAAAGAAAUUACUACUAAAAGCAUUAGAAAAUGGACCAAAAUUAGACACAACGCUUCGUAUGGCAACGCGGGCGCGACGACAACUAGCCAUAGAGAAAUGCAACGAACUCGCGCGAAUUGUGGAUAACUGGGACGCGCGGGACAUUGGACAGUGCUGCAACGAGUUUAUUAGAGAGGACACGUUAUCAAAAAUCGGUCCGGGCAAGCGGAUAGCGGAGCGGAGAGCGUACCUCUUCGACGGACUACUACUACUGUGCAAACCCGUCACGAGUUUGGUGAGCGUCAACAGCGGAGGCAUUUCGACGGGCGCGGGAGGCUCGCAGCAGUUAAAAUUGAAGGAGAAACUGCACAUACGGAAACUGGAGCUACACGACAGGCCGGACACUGAAGACAACCGCCACCUCAUCGAGCUAUGUCCUCGCGCCGGCGCCGCCGUGUUACUAUCGUGCGGCUCCUGUGCAGAGAAGCGACACUGGAUGUGUGACCUGGUUAUGCUGAAUACUAAACCCAUGCUGGACCGGAGUCUUGACAGCAUCCUCCUAGACCUAGAGAAGCGGCAUCCGCUGCAACUGCCGCCGGUGUCGUUGUACCGGUUUGCGGUACCGGACUCGCCAGACAAUAUAAUGUUGGAAGAACCGCAGAGGAACAACGCGCCGCCGCUUAUUAAGGGAGCAACACUCCUGAAGUUGGUUGAGCGUCUAACCUACCACAUCUACGCGGAUCUCAACCUGGUCCGAACCUUCCUCACCACCUACCGCUCGUUCUGCUCGCCGGCCGAGCUGCUCGAGCUGCUCAUCGAGCGCUUCCACAUACCCGAGCCCAGCGACGUGUACGACGCGCCGCGGCCCGCGGAGAGCAUAGAGUCGGCGGCGAGCAGCGAUGCGGAGAAACUGAGCAAAAACACCGCGAGGGAAGACUGGAAGAGGUACCGGAAAGAAUUCCAGCAACCGGUCAAGUUUAGGGUAAUCAACGUGCUCCGCCACUGGGUGGACCAGCACUUCUACGACUUCGAGCGCGAGCCGGCGCUCCUGGAGCGUUUACGAGGCUUCCUGGAGUGCGUCGACGGCAAACCCAUGCGGAAGUGGGUGCAGAGCGUGCUGAAGACGUUGCAGAGGAAGAGCGGCCAGAACAUGGAAUGGGAGACGGGUUCCAUCGUCUCAGUCUCCAGCGUUUCGUGGGUGUUUGACCGCGCGCCGCCGCGGACCCUGCGCCACCCCGCUGAGCCGACCAAACACAACUGGCACCCGCUCACGCUACAUCCGUUGGAGUUGGCCAGGCAACUCACGCUGCUCGAGUUUACCCUGUAUAGACAGGUGCGACCAUCAGAGCUGGUGGGCGCGGUGUGGACGAAGAAAGACAAGGAGAAGUCCAGUCCAAACCUGUUGAAAAUCAUCAAACAUACCACCAAUUUCACGAGAUGGAUGGAAAAAUGGAUAGUGGAGAGCGAAAACUUAGAGGAACGGGUGGGCGUGGUCUGCCGGUUCCUAGAAGUGUGCGUGGCUCUGCGAGACCUCAACAACUUCAACGGAGUCCUAGCAGUGGUAGCGGCUUGUGGGAGCGCCUCUGUACAUAGACUGAAAGCCACUUUCCAGCUGGUCCCGCCACGUCUAAUCCGCGAGCUCGAAGGCUUCCGGGAGCUGAAUUCGGACCAUUUCCGGCGCUACCAGGAGAGGCUACGCAGCAUCAACCCGCCGUGCGUGCCUUUUCUCGGAAUGUACCUGACCAAUAUCCUGCACAUAGAAGAAGGCAACCUGGACUACCUGCCCAACUCGGAGUUAAUAAACUUCUCGAAGCGGAGAAAAGUAGCGGAGAUUACCGGAGAGAUCCAGCAGUACCAGAACCAGCCCUACUGCCUCACCAUCGAGCCGAAGACAAGGCAAUUCCUGGAGUCGCUGGAUCCGUUCCCGGGUAUGGACGACAAUGAGAUCACAAACUACCUGUACGCCAGGAGCCUGGAAAUAGAGCCGCGCCCGCCCGUCAAGCAGAUGCCCAAGUUUCCUCGCAAGUACCCGGAGUUAUCGUUGAAGCAAGUCAAGGUGUCGCGGCGAGCGCACGACACCGCCGCCGCUGCGCCCGCCGCCAACAACUCAGACACGCUCAGCGUGUCCCAGCUGUCCCCGACGAGUAUGAGCGGCUGGGACGGCGCGUCCGUGUCCUCGCUGGCCUUCUCAGACUCCAGGAGUAUACACCGGUCGGAGGGCAGUGGCUUGAUCAGCCCGCGGCUGUCAGGCUCGCUGGCUCACCUGUCCUUCUUGGACAAGCUGGACAAAGCUAGCAGCGUGUCCACCACCAAGCUGUCUUCAAGGGACGAACCACCAUCACCGAGGGACAGGCAUUCUCCGAGACACGACAGGGCGUCGCUGUGCGGCGAGCGCAAGCCGGCGCUGUCUCCGCGCGGCGCCAUCGUCGACGCCGACUGUUUCUACAGCCGCAGCAGCCGCCCAACCGACACGGAGCGGGUCCCACCUCUGCUUCCCCGGUCGAGUGGCAGCAGCGCGACCAGAGACAACGGGGACAAACCACCGUUAUUACCGCCGCGACCUAGUUCACCACACCACCCAGCCAAUGCGACGUGGUCACCACCAGGCGACCCGCUACCGAGUCCGAAACUACAAGAGCUGGCCAGGAUGCCUGCGAUGUCUCCUAAAAGGUCUCCCGCGCCGCAGCCGCCCGUCAGUCCGCUCGUUCAGAACGACAGAGGCAGCGCGUUCAGUUUUCCGGCGAGAGGCGCUCCCACGCCGUCGCCGCCUGCGCCGCCGUUAACGCCACAUCACCCAGUAUCGUGCGGCACGCCGCCGCCGCUGCCGCCGCGCCGCCGCCGGGACUCGGCGGCGCCGCCCACGCCGCUGCCGCCGCCGCCGCAACCCGCGGUAAGUGUUACCUACGUGAAUACAACACUACGUCCAUAUCCAUAA